AUGUACAUCUCUGUUUUACUCCUCUUAUCAACCUUUAUAUUCACCUACAACACCGCCGUCCUAAGCCCCUUCAAAGAUGCCAUCGAAGGCAUUCCAGACUCAGAUAAAGAGCAAAUAAACGCGAUUCUGAUGAAUCCAAACGCUACUAAAGGUGAAAUCAAGGACACCAUCGAUGGUAUAGUCAAUAAUCUACCUAAUCAAACAUUGAUUGAUGAGAUAAAGAAUCAACGUAAGGUAUUACAACAAACAUAUGAAACAGAGCUACAACAACGUCUAGCCAACGCUUCGGCCGAUGCUAAGGCGCUCAAUGAUCAGGUUCAGGUAGGGUAAAUUUUUAAUUUGAAUUCAUUACUGUAGGUGUUUGUAGAAUUGAUUGCUAUGCUGAAGCUAAGGCUACACCGAUGACUAGACAUAAGAUUAGGGCUAAGUUGAGCACUCGCAGUAAAUGGUUGGGUCGUUUUACAUCGAGGCAAACAUUACAUUAGCCCUAAAAAUUAUAUAAGAAAACGUUACGCAACCAGGUUUCUUGCAAUUUCUCUAAGGCUAUAUUGAGGUAUUAUAAGAUUAGGUAACUUCGAAGAACUUUUUUGCUUUUUUUUUAUUCCUGAAAGUAUGCUAUGUUAGAGUAAGAGAGUAAAGAAGGUAGAGAAAUGCUAAGGCAAAAACGCUCAGGCUGAAACAAAGGCUCAGUCUCAUACUCAGUCUUAAGCUCAGGAUCAGCCUCGGGCUAAAGUUAAGGCUCAGACUCAUGCUUAGGCUUAAGCUAAGUAAGGCACAAGUUAGAGCUCAAGCUGAGCCAAAAGUCAUGCUUACUCUCAAGCUAAUGUGAGGCUCAGACUCUCAACCUCAAGAUAAACCUAAAGCUCAGGCUGAAGCCAAAUGCAACCUCAACAUCACGUUCAAGCUAAAGAUAAAGCUAAAACUAAAGAGUAGAGUAGGGCUAUAUCUAAAGCUAAAGGUCCUUUAAACUUUCUUAUACCAAUAAUUUGCUAUAUAUAAAUAAGUAAACUACUGUAACUUUGUACCUUCCAGGCCCUUCGGAACAACGACUCUCUGACCCGCCAAGCGACUUGUGAAACAAUUCAAGAUUUAGUGAAAAAUGCUUCAAAAUCAGUUCAAAAUGAACUCGGACUAAAGCCACAUCCAUGUACUUUUGCUUCUAAAGGGCUUGGCCAACAACAAUAUCCAGAUGCGUUCAGUCGAAGACCAUUUUCACAUCCACCUGGCUUCACUCGAGCUUCUAGAAUCCCCAACUUUUCUAAUGGAAUAUCCUUGGCUGCUAAUGGCUUACUAGAGCCAUCUACACCAUCCCUACCCGUCUUAGGCCAAGCUGCUUCAACUAGUCCACCCUUGGGCCAAUCCACGCUAGCCUUUCCAGAUUUAGUCCAGUCUAGCCCGGGAAUUCUACCUCUAGGACUAUCUACACCUUUACCGUCUGAACUCAGCACAUUCAAUGCGAUUGGUAUGGUAUCUGAGCCAUCAAGUCUUGGUAGUGAGGUUCUUAAGCGAAAAACUUCUGGAGCACCUGGGUUGCCUGGUAUAUCAGUGUCGCCAGCUUUACCAUCGCUAUCAUCACAUCUACCUCCACUUGGACUAGAACUAUCAACCCCACCACCAGUUGGACUAGGACUAUCCACCCCACCUCCAGUUGGACUAGGACUAUCUACCCCAUCUCCAAUAGGACUAGGACUAUCAACUCCAGAAGCCAAUAUUGGCCUUCUACUAUCAUCGGCGGCUACACCAACUACUGGAAGUUCAGAAAUCGCUGUCAGCAAUCCCUUUGAAAUCCUUGGCUCAACUACAGCUGAAUAA